AUGGAAGGUGUACCGUUACAACGUAAAUCAUCAAAAUCUAAUAGGAGUAACGGUUCAAGUUCAAAGAGGCCACGGAUGUCCCAAUCAGAAGAUUAUACAAGCCUUUAUGGAACUGAAGAGUCAAAGGACAGUUUUGACAAGCUUGUAUCACAUAAUCUUAAGUGUACUUCUCCAGAGAAAAGUCCAUUGCCAAAGCAAAAGGGAAGUAAUAGCAAACGUGGUGAUAAGAAGAACUUUAAAGUGCCUUCUUCAAAGGCUAAAUUCGAGUCAUCCUCUAUGAAAAUGGGUACAUCAAUCUUCAGUUCUUCUAAUGGAGGAAACAACUUGUUUGGUUUGUAUGGUCUGAAACACGAUUUUCAUGAUGUCACAAAUCUCAUGGAUGAACCUCCGUUGGAUGAGCUUCUUAAGGGCACAUUUGAAUGUCCUAUUAUAAGCAAAGAUAAGGGGAAGAAAGUAUCAAAUAACAAUGAAAGUUUUUUGAGUUCAGUUAGAAAGGCUUGCUCUAUCAUUCAGUGCCCGAAACCUGUUCAGUCUCAAAACAUGGAGAUGGAUUACUCCCCCAACAAGAAAAUGUCCACUUCUCAAUUUAGUUCAAUUUGUGCAGUAGAAAACGAUUUAAAUGAGGAUAAAGAGCAGUCUUGCUCAACAGAUAUGUCUUCAUGUCAGAAGGAUUCUUGUAGCAAAACAGAUUGUAAAGCUAGUCCGCUUGACUUUCCAUUAUGUCAACCUAAGGAUGUAUUAGAACAGAUUGCACUACACCCGUUCCGAGAUUUUGAGUCUUUGCUGAUUGAUGUCUCCAAACUUGCGAUUAGUACAAAGAAUAGUAAUGAUCUACGUUCAGGCAAGCAGGUAUCUCGGCGACCAAGCUUGCAUCCUUCCCAUGGUCACAUGCUUUUUGGUGGCAAUUGUAGAACUAAUUCUGACACAGCUAAGUUAUCAACAAGUAGAAGUACGUGCCGAGGUAAAUGGACAAGGAUAGGUCUUAUUGCUAGCUCUACAGAUAUCGAUCGCAGUUCUUUCACAGACCUCAAUUCAUUCAGUUAUGAUCAGAGCCUUGUUCCUUCAUCUGGAAAUUCAGACAGCAAACUUAUUCAAUCUUUUUUUGCUAAUCUUCCUUUCCGCCGGUUGGAUUCUUCAUCAUCUGUAUCAUGUUCUAAAGAUUUUCAGGUUAAUACAGAAUUUGGAGGCCAAGUUGAAACUAAAGAAGAUGAUGAUCGUUGCCCGGCAGUAUUAGUUGCUGCACAAACUCUCUGUGAAAUUAAAACUCGCUCAGUUAGGCAGAGCUCAGAUGGAAUUUUAAGAUGGCAAAGGAAACCUUCACAUAAGGCCAUGAAAACUUGCUACUUAAAGUCGAACGAGAAACAUGAAGACGUGCCUUCAUCGACAGUUUCACUGGUUGGAUCCAACAUGGUGGCCAGAAAAGUGGAUGGAUCCAACAUGGUGGCCAGAAAAGUGGAGCAGAUAACGCCCACGGCCUCAAAGAAGCCAAGGCUUUCAACAGUCGAUAAUAAGAAUAGCGGUCACUCCAAUAAUGUAAAGAAAGGAGGCGGUUGUCCGUGGCCAACUUCAAAAUCAGGUAGAUCGUCAUUACCCAGUAAACUAGUUAGGAACUCGAUUGUAGAAAACAAACGUACAAAUACAAAUUCAAGCACUGUAAAGCAGCAACAACAUUGUAUGAUGAUGCCUCCACCUGCAAGGGAUUUGGAUAAGGCUUAUGAUGGUCAACAACAUCAUCAAGGUGGAAAAUUUGUAUUGAUGGAUUGGAAAAGGGGAAGAGACAAGUCAGAUUGA